GGGCUCAAGAGGUGCUUGAGUAAGCAGAAUCUCGAGGAUCCCUCUCAAGAGGUCGGCUCUCUAUAUAGGCCUCCCUGUGGUCCGUUCAGAGCCUUCGGUCUGUUGUCACGGCGGUUAGACAGAGAGACCCCUCCCAUCUCUGCUAAAAAGCCAGAACAAUCAGGACUGGCUGCAGUGCACGUCAGGGCGCGCCACGCCGUAACAUCUGUUGGGCCUUGGCACAUUCAGGCAUCAAUUUCUUCUUGGCCCACGGCGAUCCUCCCUCGACCUACAUCGGUCCCAGGGGUAGUCCUCGUGUGA